CUGCUCAGCCUCGUGCCGGCCAUGCACAACCUGCACACAGCGCUGGUCACCGCGCUGUCGCCGCACCACCGCGAGAUCAAGGUCUCCACUCCGCACUCCCUCGGCAUCCUGGCCGCGUCCUCGCCGCCUUCGGCCGGGCGGUUCCACGGAGGCUACGACAUGGCCGUCGUCAAGCCGCUGCUCAGGUUCCUGCGCGCGACGGGCGCGCCAUUCAUGGUGAACGCCUACCCGUUCUACGGGCUCACCAACGACACGCUCGACUACGCGCUGUUCCGGAUGAACGACGGCGUCAUGGACAACGCCACCGGGCUGGUCUACGCCAACAUGCUCGACGCGCAGCUCGACGCCGUCCACUCGGCGAUGCGGCGGCUCGGCUUCAGCGACGUCGACAUCGUCGUGGCAGAGACAGGGUGGCCGUCUGCCGGGGAGUACUGGGAGGUCGGCGCCGGCGCCGUCCUCGCCAGGGACUACAACAAGAACGCCAUCCGCCACCUCGGCUCCGGCGUGGGCACGCCGCUCAUGCCGAACCGCACCUUUGAGCUCUCCAUCUUCUCCCUCUUCGACGAGAACCUCAAGCCCGGCCCGGUCUCCGAGCGCAACUUCGGCCUCUACCACGCCGACAUGACGCCGGUCUACGACGCCGGCAUCCUCACCGUCCCACAGGAGGUCGUCGGGACGAAGGUGACGCCGGCGGCGGCGCCGGCGCCGCGGCGGUGGUGCGUGCCGAAGCCGGCGGCGGACGAGGUGGCGCUGCAGGUGAACAUAGACUUCGUGUGCGGGCAAGGUGGCAUCGACUGUGGCGCGAUACGGCCGGGCGGGGCGUGCUUUGAUCCCAACAACGUGCAGGCACACGCGGCCUACGCCAUGAACCUCUACUUCCAAUCCAACGGCCAGCAUGCCUUUGACUGCGACUUCGGCGAGACCGGUGUUGUUACAACCGUUGAUCCUAGUUAUGCAAGCUGCAAAUUUACCUGAAGCGACAACUGACGAGUGGCUGAUAGGCUAAUGUUUGGCUGAAAAUGAUCUUAUGAUGGAACUAUUAUAGGGUAUAGCUAACUCGAGGUGAAUUUUGUGAAGUGGGAAAUGUUUGGUCGUGCCGAGCCGAACACAAUUAAGAUAAGAUUUUGCAAUAUACUUGUCCAGGCUUAACAAGCAAAAACUAAAAUUAUGCGCGCGAGCGCUCUCUCUCUGUAUGUAUACAUGUACACGUAUGUACGUACUGGCAAAUACAUCAAAUGCUGAGAUGUUGGAUCAAUAUGUUGAAAUUUGAAAAUACAAUAAA